CGGGGGGGGGGGCAUUGCGGGCGGAGUCCCGGCGCCGGUGCAGCCAUGUCGUUCUGCUCCUUCUCCGGAGGGGAGGUCUACCAGAACCACUUCGAGACCGGGAUCUACGUGUGCGCCAGGUGCGGUUACGAACUCUUUUCCAGCAGAACGAAAUACUCUCAUUCGUCCCCAUGGCCGGCUUUCACCGAAACCAUUCACAGCAACAGCGUCUCCAAAUAUGAAGAACGCCCAGGAGCCUUAAAGGUGCUGUGUGGGAAAUGUGGCAACGGCCUGGGCCACGAAUUUCUCAACGAUGGCCCGAAAAAGGGCCAGUCCCGCUUCUGAAUAUUUAGCAGCUCUCUCAAGUUCGUCCCAAAAGACAAGAAGAACUUGGCAGAGUAGCUGUCUGUCUUCCAGAUCCCCUCACAUGCCUUCUAAAGCCCCUUAUCUGCUGCUACUCCAGAUUAACCAGUCAAGGGAUAACCACCGGUUUGGCCCUUAAAACCUGAAAGGACAGAAGUUGGAAGAUGAGAAGGGAAACAAGACCAUUGUUUAGCCACCUUCAUGGCUCACCGGCGGCAGGUGAUACCACACCAUCUUGACUUACAUCUCGGACCGAACCCUAUUCGCUCUCUUCUUCCCACCCGUUUUCCUCUGUCCACACUGCCGUUUCUCAGUAAGGCCCACAUCUGCUGUGUCAGCAACCAAAGUCCAAAGGUCUGCUAUGCUCCAACCGGCGUGCUGGCCUUCACUGGAAUGUAACACUAACUCGGCAGCCUCUGUUCCGAGCGACGCGCUCGCCCUGCCGACUCAGGUCCAAAGGUUCGAUUUGAAUCCAGUAGCAGCUGUCGAGACCAACAACAUUUGGGAGGGAUGAGUUUUUGAGAGCCAUCGCUGCGUUCAUCAGACACUUUGUGCUUUGGAAAGCUCAUAUCCCCUCCCUCCAAUGCUGUUGGUCUCUGAAGUGCUACUGGGUUGGAUUCUAGCUGUUCCGCUGCAGACCAACACAGCUGCCCUCUGAAACUAGAUCCCGAGGUGGUUUUCUGAUGCUACAGACCCUUCCGCAAAGUCCUGCAAUGGGUUUGGCCUGUAACUCAUUCCCUUGGGCAGCCAUUGUGAGCGGAGAGGGAGAAGGGGUGGGCCAGCACCUCAAAUGCCCUCCCCCUUCCAAGUAGACGUCCAUGUGCUAUUGACCCUCACCAAGCAGUCUCUAGUUCAGGGGUCUGCAACCUGCGGCUCUCCAGAUGUUCAUGGCCACGCUGGCAGGGACUGAUGGGAAUUGUAGUCCAUGAACAUCUGGAGAGACCCCUGCUCUAGUUACUGAGCCCCACCAUACGAUGUCAGGAAUAAUAAGGGUUAUCCAAGAACUUGUUCCUAAGAUCUUUACAGAGGAUGUUAAUAAGAACAUAAGAAGGAGCCUGCUGGACCAGGCCAGAGUCCAUCUAGUCCAGCUCCUCGCAGUGGCCCACCAGGUGCCUUUGGGAGCUCACAUGCAGGAGGUGAAAGCAAUGG